AUGCAAGACACCACAAGACAAGACACCACAAUACAAGACACAACAAAACAAGACACCACAAGACAAGACGCCACAAGACAAGACACCACAAGACAAGACAAGACACUACAGGACACGACACCACAAGACAAGACACCACAAGACACUACAAGACAAGACACCACAAGACAAGACACCAAGAGACAAGACACCAAAGGACACUACAUGACACGACACCAAAAGACACUACAAGACACGACACCACAAGACAAGACAAGACAAGACAAUACACCACAAGACAAGACACCAAAAGACACUACAAGACACGACACCAAAAGACACUACAAGACACGACACCACAAGACAAGACAAGACAAUACACCACAAGACAAGACAAUACACCACAAGACAAGACACUACAGGACGACAGCACAAGACAAGACACCACAAGACAAGAUAAGACAAGACACCACAAGACACCACAAGACAAACCACCAGAAGACAAGACACCACAAGACGAGACACCACAAGAAAAACACACACCACAAGACAAAACACCACAAGACAAGACACUACAAGAAAAGACAAGACACCACAGGACAAGACAAGACACCACAGGACAAUACACCAUAA